ACUAUACAGCAGACAGUCUCUUGAUACCUUCACUGGCAUUGCUCUGCACAAUACUGACUCAGAAUAAUGAAGUUCAGCGCAUCUGCCUUCAUGCUUCUGAUCUGCACAGCUGCACUGCUGUCCACAACAGAGGGUAGACCUAAACCCAUUAAUCUACGCUGUGAGUGCAUUAAAACAUAUGCAGAGCCAGCAAUCCCUACUGAAAAAAUACAGUCAUUGAGGGUGAUUCCUGCUGGACCACAAUGCAAAAAUGAGGAGAUCAUUGCCACAAUGAAGAAAGGAAAGAUGUGUCUCAGUCCUGCAAAAGACUGGGUGAUUUCUCUCAAAGAAAAAAUCAACAAGAAGGUCAAGAGCCAACAGUGAAUGAAUAUCACCGUUCAAAGAGCGACUGAAGAAACUGGUUCAACUAUUGCUACUGUAAUAUAGAUUUUUUUAUUUUGUCAUCUCAGGGUGAAAAAUGAAGUAUUGAAUGUGAAAAUGUGUUUUCACUACUACCUGUUUUAUUAAAGAUGAACUUUACUGUAACCUUGCCUGACCUUCAUUAUAUGUUAUUAAAUUAUAUUUAUUUUUAUUG